ACAAAUUAUUCGAGUUCCCCGCGCCUAUAAAUACCGGGGUUUCUCGUUCGAGCAUACCAUUCACACAUACACAAACACACAUAUCUCUCCUCGUACACACAAACAUCUACAAACAUGUCGAGCAAGUGCACCAACUGCGACUGCGCCGACGCCACCCAAUGCCCGAAGAAGGGCUACGCCCCUGAACUCAUCAAGACCGACGAAAGGUCGAUGGAGAAUGAAGGGAUGGCCAUGGAUGCUCCGGCGGCACCGGAACACAACGGCAAGUGCACGUGCGGGGCAAACUGCAGUUGCACCACCUGCACGUGCGGACACUGAGAAGGUUUUAGUAAUGAAGAAGAGAAGGGGACACUCCCAUCAUAACUAAUGUGAUGAUGUAUUGUAAUAAUAGUGAAUAAAUAUGGGAUCCUUAAUAUAAAUAUUAUUAUUAUUAUUAUUAUUAUUAUAUUGUGAUGUCCUAAAGUAUUUAAUUAAUGGUGUGAAAGAACUUUGAGUGUCUCUUUUAUGUUA